CUUGAAAACUUUUAAUCAGAAAACUUCCUCUUUGGAGAAAAGAGUGGACCUACCCUAUGAGACGAGAGAUGCAGGAAAUUUUACCUGGAUUGUUCUUAGGCCCUUAUUCUUCUGCUAUGAAAAGCAAGCUACCUAUACUAGAGAAACAUGGAAUAACUCAUAUAAUUUGCAUACGACAAAAUAUUGAAGCAAAUUUUAUUAAACCAAAUUUUCAACAACUAUUUAGAUAUUUAGUCUUGGAUAUUGCAGAUAAUCCAGUGGAAAAUAUAAUACGUUUUUUCCCUAUGACUAAGGAAUUUAUUGAUGGGAGCUUACAAACUGGAGGAAAAGUUCUUGUCCAUGGAAAUGCAGGGAUCUCUAGAAGUGCUGCCUUUGUUAUUGCAUACAUUAUGGAAACCUUUGGGAUGAAGUACAGAGAUGCAUUUGCUUAUGUGCAAGAAAGAAGAUUUUGUAUUAAUCCUAAUGCUGGAUUUGUCCAUCAACUUCAGGAAUAUGAAGCCAUCUACCUAGCAAAAUUAACUAUACAGAUGAUGUCGCCUCUCCAAAUAGAAAGGUCCUUAUCUGUUCAUUCUGGUACCACUGGCAGUUUAAAGAGAACACAUGAAGAAGAGGAUGAUUUUGGAAACAUGCAAGUGGCAACUGCACAGAAUGGCUGACUCGAGAGUAACAUUAUAGAGGGUGUGAAUUUCUGUUUGAAAGAGAAAAUACUAAAGAUGAUAAUAAUGUAAAGUGGUAAACACACAAGUAGUUUCCUUUCACUUACAUGUUGCUUCCAGAAAUGUUUCUCUGCAACAUGUUAAGAAGAUGUUGGACUUCUGCAAAAGAAGGCACUGAUGGUUUUACUUUUUUUUUUAACUUUACAGUUUUAUUAUAAACUAAGAGUUUUGGACUUGCAAAGAGUUAUUAUUGCAAUAAUGCACUUUUCAUACUUGAAAUUUAUUUGUAUGAUAUAAAGUUAUUACUUUAAACAAAAUGCAAGUUAGGGGGGAUUUGUUUAUCAGUUUUGGGUAAUUUAUAACAAAAGAAUUUCCUAGGGUUUGCUACAAAUUCAUUUUGUGUUCUAUAUAUUACAUUUAAAAAAUAAUUUUACAGUUACAUUUUAUGAUGGAACCCAGCAUAACAGAAGUGCAGCAAACUGCCACUUUAUUAGUGUAAGACAAUAAAUUAAUGACCAUUUUUUUAAACUUCUUGAUCCCUUGUUAAUUAACUAUCCUUAUUUCUAUUUAAUCCAGUUAAUGCUUCCUUUCUAUUACCUUCUUAAUUUGUUUAUUCUUUAGGGGAAAAAAAGGUUUAAUGAUCAAAGAUGGUUUGCUUAUAGUACAAGAUGCUCAAAAACAAAGGCAGUAUUAAUAUUUUUCAAGUGGCUUUUUUCUUUCAAAGUGCAUAAAUUUUUGGUUUUUUGAGACAGGGUCUUGCAUAUAACCCAGAAUGGCCUCCAACUUGUGUUCCUCCUGCCUUGGCCACUCAACUGUUGGGAUUCCAGGCUAGAAAUGCAUAAAUCUUAAUGCUGAGUUCUUGCACAGCAUAUCCUUGCCACCUUGCUCGUUUCCUGACCUCAUCUCUGAAAUCUGUCCCACUACAUAGAAGGGGUUCUCUGCAGUGCCCCCCAGCAGCACCCCCAUUUGUCUGGCUGUGGCUUCCACCCCUGCAGCACCACUGCCUUACAAGUGGGUUCGGGUCCACGGGGAAGGAUCUGCUGUUGUCUUUCUGAUGAGCUCAAGGCCCUUGCAGCCCUGGUAAUUGGAUUCUUCCUGGAGCAUCUGCAGGUCCCUGAAGAGCCACACCAGCUUUUGUACAGGGAACUGGUAGACAGAAGUGUUAUUAACAUGUCCACAAACUCUGGAGCCUGAGGACACUCGCUCCUCCAGGCCUCCCACUCUGCAUUGUGGAGAUAAUCUUCCUGUAGUCCUUGUCCUCAGCCUCUCCUCAAGGUCAUCUGAAAAGGGCUUCUGCCGAUCAGUUGCGAGUGGCUGGACAGGACUGUCCUUGGGAAACACGUGAGACGGUGUGGCACAGAUGCUCCACUUACUUGCCUUCCUUGGACCCUGAGAACCACCGCGCCAAGGGCAUUGGGAAUUGCAGUGUUAAGGUGGCUAACAGUGCGUCAGACCCAGCAGUGACUUCCAGGAGCUGACACUGUUCCCAAAGAAAAGCAGAAGCACCAGCUGGACUCUGCUGUGAUGCCUGAGGCAGAGGUCCCAGUGGGAAGCACACGCACUGCGCGUGGAGACUCCCUUGGCCAAGGAUUCACCUGAGCUGGAGGAAGGGGUCAUGUGGGACCCCUCUGACGAGACAAGCUGGAGGAGUCUCCCCACGGGAGCCUGCACUUGUUCCCGCUGUCCUCCACUACUGAGCUACAUCCCCAGCCUUUUUUUUUUUUUUAACAGGGUCUCACUAAGUUGCCCAGCCUGGGCUUGAUCUUGGAAUCCUCCCUGCCUCAGCCUCCUGGGUGCUGGGAUUACAGGUUUAUGCCACUGAGCCCAACUUCCUACUGUUUUGUAAGCUGUCAAUGAUGGUUUCUACUGCGGAGCUCCAGAAAUGAGACCAGUGCCGCCGCCCCCCCCCC